CCAAUCGCGGCGCUUCGCAGCAUUUUUCCUUUCGUCGCCCAUGUUAUCAAAUUGAACCGGCCACACAGGCUGCAAAGUGCUGCGAAGCGUUGCAAUCGGCUCGCGCUCUGCAGCGAUCAUUUCGGCAACAAGGACUGACAAAGGGAGCCAACAUAUAUACAGCGCAGGGUUAUCACACAAUGGACAACAGCUGAUGAUUGGACUGAGAGAUAAGGGGUGCAGGGAGACAGGAGAAGGAGUGACAAAACCAGGACUGGAACCCAGGGAGACAGAAAGAAAGACCUAGGGCAGGUAAAGACAGAAAGCAGAUGGUAUCAUAAAGGGUUCUCCUAUUGGGACAAGCCAAUGUGGUUCUAGUUAACACUUUUAUUUCACGAGUAUAGGUGUGUUUGAAUGUUUUUACUUUACAAUAAAAAGUUAAUAAAAACAAAAACUAGAAUAUCUUUAUUGGAUUUGUCCCAAUAAAGUACAGAUGAGAGACACUUCUGCUUACAAGCCCCAACAUUUUAAAAAUCCCUUUCAAUUUUUGAAAACUGUUAGUGUUGGCUUGGAGUCUCGAAGAACAGAAGUCAUGCUACAGAUUUCAAAUUGAGGUGAACCUUUAGCCAAUUAUGAAAAUUACACAGCCAAAGCUAUAAUGAAAUGGUCAGGGAACAAAAACUUUGAAAAACAUUUUUACAGGAUGACUUGACAUGGGGAAAGUUCCAUUUGAACUGAAGCAAUCAAUACUACAAAGGUUGUGUUGUGCAAAUAGUUUUCUCCACCCCCAUCAUGCACUGCAGUACACUGACCCUGUCCCACAUGAGACAGACUCUUAUGCUCAGCUCUUUGCUCACAACCAGGUCUCAAAAAAUAUAUAUAUCCAAGGAUGAAGUUGACCACAUGCAUAUGGCUGCUGCUUUCCAUUCUAUCAUCUUCAUGUGGUGCCCAUGAUAUAUGCAGUGCCAAGCCCAGAGACCUGCCCCUGGAGCCUAAGUGCAUCUACCGCAGCCCUGAUGAGGCACUCACUGGGGAUACAGAUCCAGAGAAGGUCCCUGAGGCAACAAAUCCCAGGGUGUGGGAGUUAUCCAAGGCUAACAGCCUUUUUGCCUUGUCCUUGUUCAAGCAGCUGGCCCAAAGCAAACCCCAAGAUGCUAAUAUCUUUCUGUCACCCAUUAGUAUCUCCACUGCCUUUGCCAUGACAAAGUUGGGUGCUUGCAAUGACACGCUGAAGCAGAUCAUGAAUGUUUUUAAGUUUGAUACAAUUAAAGAGAAGACAUCCGACCAAGUACAUUUCUUCUUUGCAAAACUCAACUGUCGCCUGUACCGUAAGAAAGACAAGACAACAGAACUGAUCUCAGCCAACCGUCUAUUUGGAGACAAGUUCCUUGUGUUCAAUGAAACAUACCAGAACAUUAGUGAACUGGUGUAUGGAGCCAAACUCAUGCCACUUAAUUUUAAGGAAAAGCCAGAGCUAUCGCGAAAGAUAAUCAACGAAUGGAUCUCAAACCAGACGGAGAAUAAAAUUAAAGACACAAUACCAGAGGGGGUGCUUGAUUCUAAUACAGUGUUGGUCCUGGUUAACACUAUCUAUUUUAAGGGUCAGUGGAAAAACAAAUUUGACAAAGAGAAUGUCUUCAAGUCUGACUUCUAUGUCAGUAAGUCAAAGACCUGUCAUGUAUCCAUGAUGUACCAGGAAACUAAGUUCCGUUACGGCAGGUUCAUUGAAGACGAAGUCCAGCUCCUUGAACUGCCUUACUAUGGAGGGGACAUUACCAUGGUGCUGAUCCUGCCCUUAAAAGAGAAACCACUGUCUGAGGUGGAAGAAAAUUUGAAUUUGAAGAAACUCAUGGGCUGGUUGCAAGCAAUGAAGGAAACAACAGUAUCUGUACAGGUCCCACGCUUUAAAAUUGAGGACAGCUUCAGUUUGAAAGAAAAAUUACAGGCCAUGGGUCUUCAUGAUCUAUUUAAUUCCCAAAAAUCCAGCUUGCCAGGAAUCCUGGAGGAUGAAAUAAGUCCCCUGUACAUUUCUGAUGCUUUCCAUAAGGCAUUCCUGGAGGUUAAUGAAGAAGGCAGUGAGGCAGCAGCUGCAACAGCUGUGGUGGCCAUUGGUCGUUCCAUCAACUUUAACCGGGAGGUGUUUGUAGCAAACCGACCAUUCAUGCUGCUCAUCCGAGAGUCCACCAUCAACACCAUGGUGUUCACUGGCCGAGUGGCUGAUCCAUGUGAUAACCGCCAGUGAUAUGACUCUCUCUCACAUCCAUACACAUAUUUAAGAUUUUCUCCUCAACAAAUAUAGAUCCACAUAUUUUGUUGGCCAAACUGCCAAUUGUUUAUGUUCGUUUCAUCAGAAAUAAAUUGACUGGGAUGGACAUUUUAUACAAUUAUUUCAAG